AUGUCCAUUCUCCCUAAAAGGUGGGUAAGACAGCUUAUAUAUAUCUUGCUUCUUCUGCCUACUGUUUUAGUGGGGAUAGAUGUGUUGUUCUUAAGGCUUUUUCCCAAUAGUGUACACUUUGUUCUUCCAGUUAAUAGGCACAAAGCUGUCAUAACUCAAUUGGCGUUCAGGGAGUGUUAUUCCAGUGUUUUUUGUCAACCAAAACCUGGAUUCAUGAGACUGGAAAAGGAUUUGUUUCUGAACAAAAAUUGGAUAGGGCAGAUAUUUGUGGAAUACCAGCAAAGCUCGUGGAAUGACCUUACUGGUGAUCAACUUGUUGUACUGGACUUGGCUGUCUCCAAUAUAGAAGAGGAUUCUAAAGUCGCUGGUAAUGGAAUGAAUUUGUAUCCAAUUCGAAUACUGAAUGAUCUCCAAGGUAUUAGUGGACGAAAAUUUAUAUCCAAAAUUGUAGGAGACGAUGGAAAGGAAGAAGAAGUAGUAUAUAAAAUACCCAGUGCUAAGCAAAUAAAAGAAAAAGGAUGGGAAAAGCUUGAUUAUGGGUUAUGGGUAAAGUAUGGGCCUUUUGAUGAAUUUCAGGCAUUAACAGACAUUGAUGUCCUUUAUGGAUUUGAAGCCAAGGAAGUUAGACACAAGUGGAUUAAAUUACCAAAUCCUCUCUUACUGAACCGCGUCCCUGUCUUUUUGUCAUUUCGCAGGAAAGGUGAGAAACAAUCAAGCAAACCAAAGCUGAAGAUAAAUUCUCAGGGUAAAUUCAAGAUUCUUCAAGUUGCUGACUUACAUUUUAGUACAUUAAAUGGAACAUGCCAAGAUCCAGAACCACCGUUAAAGCCAAACGAAUCUUGCUUUGCAGAUGCGAGGACACUUAGAUUUUUGAAUAAGGUUCUAGACAUUGAGAAUCCAGAUCUAGUAGUAUUAACUGGUGACCAAAUUUACGGAGAUAGAGCUCCUGACUCCCAAACCGCCAUGUUUAAGGCCUUAGAGCCGUUUAUUUCAAGGAAAAUACCAUACGCGCUCAUUUUGGGAAAUCAUGACGAUGAAGGAUCUUUGAGCCGUGACCAACUAAUGGAAAUUGUUGAGCAGUUGCCUUAUUCACUAUCAGAGAAAGGUCCAGCGGAAAUCGAUGGAGUUGGGAAUUUCUACGUUCCUGUUUAUGGAUCGAGGUCGUCGAACGUGGCAAUGUCACUUUAUUUUCUGGAUACUCAUAAAUACUCAAAACAAAAAAAAGUUUACCCUGGAUACGACUGGAUCAAAGAGAAUCAACUAGAAUGGCUUAGCAAGGCGCACAUUCCUUACUUGGAAGAUAUUGAAAAUUACUCUCAUAUCCACUUGUCCAUGGGUUUCUUUCACAUUCCACUUCCAGAAUACAGAGAUUUCCAUGAAAAGCAUGUGGGAUCUUACAAAGAGGGGGUGAUGGCGCCCACUUUCAACUCGCAUGCCCGAAACGUUUUUGGUAAAUUAGGAGUGGGAGUCAUCAGUGUAGGACACGAUCAUUGCAAUGACUACUGCCUGUUCGAUGAAGAAAAUGAAGAAGGUGAUAAAACGGGAAAUAUGUGGCUAUGCUAUGGUGGAGCGGCCGGUGAGGGAGGAUAUGGUGGUUACGGAGGAACAACCAGAAGAUUAAGACUUUUCUCAGUAGAUUCCCAAUCAAACGACAUUUCUACGUGGAAAAGAUUAGAAUCUUCACCUGAUGAUAUUUUUGAUAAGCAAAUACUAGUGAAAAACGGGGUUACAGUUUGGGAAUGA